UGGAGCAGCCGGAACUCUCGCAACGGGUCUCCGUGGUUUCCAGCAGGCGGAGUGACGCAACUUCUUAUGUUACCGGAAGUCGAACGGCCGUUUCCGGCGAAGGAGGGGGCGGAGGAGGACUCCGAUGGGUCGCAGCCGCAGCCGCUCCCCGCGAAGAGAACGUAGGCGGUCCCGGUCCACAUCCAGGGAUCGAGAACGAAGGCGCCGAGAAAGGUCCAGGUCUCGGGAGCGAGAUCGCAGAAGGAGCCGCUCGAGAUCCCCCCACCGACGACGCUCCAGAUCUCCAAGACGACACAGAUCCACAUCUCCUUCCCCUUCUCGACUGAAAGAAAGAAGAGACGAGGAAAAGAAAGAAACAAAAGAAAUAAAGAGCAAAGAACGUCAGAUUACUGAGGAAGAUUUAGAGGGUAAGACAGAGGAAGAAAUAGAAAUGAUGAAAUUAAUGGGAUUUGCCUCUUUUGACUCUACAAAAGGAAAGAAGGUAGAUGGCUCUGUAAAUGCCUACGCCAUAAACGUGUCUCAGAAGAGGAAGUACAGGCAGUACAUGAAUCGAAAAGGUGGAUUCAACAGACCUUUGGAUUUUAUUGCAUGAGACUUGAGAUAUUGAAAGAAGGAUUUUUCCCCCUCAUCUGGGUCAGAGAGUGUUUUGUAUUUUGUAUUUAAUAUUCAUAGAAACAGGAUCUUGGUUCUUCCUUAUAAAGUAAGGAAAUCUUAUUUAUGACAUCCACAGUUUACUUCCUUAGCUCAGAAGGCAGGUGCAUUCUUUCUAAGGCUGUGUGCAUUGGGUGUUGCCACCCUACUGUCAACCUCACUGUCCUUGUGAGGAUGCGCAUACUUUCUUCUUGGACACUGUUUAGGAUUUCUAAAAAGGGAAAUAACUUAGACGUUUCUCCAAUAAAACAAUAUUUCUACCCAUCUUAUAUGUGAUAAGUAUCUUUUUUCCUAGAUUAAAGAUGUUUUCUUUUUACUCACAUAGAUUUAAGGUUUUGUUGUUAUUUUGUCUUGACAAGCUUUUGCUAUGUAGCCCAGGCUGGCCUUGAACUUAGGACAAUCCUCCUGCCUCUGUAACCCUUGUGCUAGGAUUAGAGGUGUGUCUCACCACGCCAAGCUCAGAUUUAGAUAUUUUGAUUCUUGGUAGUUUAAAAACUAGAAAAAUGGAAAAAGUAUAGCUUUGGAUUUUUAUAUAGUCAAUGUUUUCCCCCAAAGUAUUGUUUAUUGUAUUUCUCCAAUUAUAAAGCAAUGCAUAUUUGCUAUAAAAAUACUUGAGAGAGCCAAGCAGUGAAAGAGAAGCCACAGCUCACCUGUAAUUUACUCCAGAAAUAGUAAACGUUAACAUUUGGUUUGUGCCUUUCUAGGUUCCUGUGGGUGUGUAUUUCUCUACCCAACUCAUGCAAUGUGUAUAUAGUUCCCCUCUAACCCUUUUCCUCAUUUUUUAACAACAUUUUUAUGCUUGUGUUACUGUUUAGAACCUUGACAUCCUGCAGCCUCUUGGCUGCAUCACAGUUUAUCAGCCCAUCCCUCACUGGUGAACAGGAGCUUGUCUCCACAACUAUUACAAUUAAAACUGACUUGUCUUUCC